AUGAAACCGUAUUGCGUUCUGCUCGCCCUCUCCCUCGUGUGUCCUGGUGGCCAGAGCAUGUUCCUACCGUCUUUCAGUGCGGGCUCCGGUUUCUUCUUCCGAGGCAACGGAGCCUCGACGCACGGAGCACCGUCUCCGCCGGAGCCGCCAAGCUUCCUACACACUCAGAGCUUCGGCCCCAACGUACAAAUGAUGCCGGUAAUAGUCGGCACCGAGAGCGAACUGCAAGAAGUUCAUCGACGUUUUCCGUAUCUCAGAAACACGUUCCGUUUCGCGCCGACUGCCCAAAUCGGAGGUAGUCGAGUGGAGAUGCAGCUGCAAAUGCCGCGAGUCCCGAUGCUUCAGCGAUUCGUGUCUCCUGUGACUGAUAUUCUCGAUCUCGGCAUGCCUUGGGGUCGCCAAUCGCAUCAAGGCAACCAAUAUGGAGCGAUCAAGUCUCAAACAAAACACGUCGGCGCGUACGCUCAACCCGUCGAAGAGCCCGAAGCACCUGCACCCGCCUACGGAAAGCCAGCCCCAAGCUACGCCAAACCGUCCACCAGCUACGGCAAACCGCUACCUAAGCCGACUGCGAGCUACGGCCUACCCGCACCCAAGCCGGUUUCGAGCUACUCCGUCCCUGAACCGAGCUAUCCGGCUAUCCGUCCGAAGCCAGCGUCGAAUUAUGCCACAUCGGCUCCCAGUAAUUAUCCUCAGCCAGAACCCAGCUCUGCCUACGGCAAGCCCGACCAACCGAUUGAAGAAGAAGCUCAAGCCGUACCAGAAGCGUCUGAUCUCCCGUCGGUUAAUGAAGGUGCUUCGUCGAAUUGGGUUCCCGAAGCGCCCUCGAACGAGGAGUCGGUGUUCACCCAGGAGACCAAUCACACAACGGUUUCCGAAUCGACUUCCUCGUCCUCGUCGACCACAACGAUUACAGAGACUGUUUCUAUCGAGAGUCCUUCGGGAGACUCGGAGACUGUGAGCUCGAGCUCUUCUGAUUCGACUUCAGGGACCUCUAAUCCUUCGUCCGCCUCCGGAAGCGAUUCUGACUCGGUUCUGCAGACAGUUGACGUCCAACCCGGGCAGGGUCAGCAAUCGAACACCGAUUUCUUCGCACCUAAGAUUCCGACCACCCAAUCCGGCAGCGACUUCACAUCGGACAACGUGAUCCGCCCCAACUCUCGCCCCCCAACCUCCCCCAGCCAAGCAUCGGAUUCGGAGAACGCCGUCGAUACCUUCGGAGAGAACGUGCCGUCUCCCUCUGGGCAGAACGAGGAUGGUUCGGUGAGCCAAGUCGCGUCCGUGCACCAGAACGUGGAUCAGGGCUCUGAACCGAGCGCACCCUUUACCUCGGAUAAUGUUAUUCGACCCGCUUCUCGUCCGGUCGCCGAGCACUCUGGAAUGUCGCAGAUCGCUGCGCCGGAUUCAGGCAGCGUGUCACAAGAUGCCGUCAUUGAGCAGAAUGCCGAUAUCUCGGCGCAACCAAUCGAUCAUUCAGCGUCUUUCGACAAUGCGUCAGAGACGGAAACUUCGGAAAGUCAGACCUCUUCAGAGAGCCAUGUGAGCGAAACCAAUACCACGACAGUCGUCGAGCACGCCGUCGACACGAUUUCGGAGACCUCAGCCCCCUCUGAGAAGACGAUCCCGACCGAUUCGUCCCACGAAGAGGUCGCGACGGCGACACCCGCCCUCCCAUCCGACGCUUCGGCCGCGAACUCGAGUGAUCUGAGCGUGAACGAGACUGAGCCGCAGAGCUCGGCCGAUGAGACAGAAACAUCUCCUUCCUCGUCAGAAGAGAGCUCGCCAACCACCACGAAGGAUCAGUCGAUUGUUGACGCCCUCCCAGAAGCAACGCCGGCGGUAGAGGCUCCCGCAAUCAGGUCCUGA